AUGGCUUCACCAUGGAACUCUAAUAUUCCACCGCCUCCAGGUACGACAGGCUCAUAUGGCUAUCAGCAAGUCGCGCCGAUAGUUGCCCCAGCUUAUCAUCCAGUGCAAGUUCGACAAUCAUUUAAUCAAGCCCCACCCAUAAUGUAUAACCCAGCAGUAAUCCCCCAGCAAUCACCCCCUCAAUCAAUACCACCUCCUGUCCAGAAGAAGAGAGACUGGCCACAGUCAGUUCGUAAUUACGUUCAACGUUCAUUUGAUGUCGCGCAUGCCAUCGCCGGUAUUGAGCGUCCAGACAUGGAAAAUAUGUUAAAAAAGACCAUCACCGAGGCAUCCGAUACCGAUACACUCUUCUCCCGUGAUUGGGACAAUUAUCCACUCCCUCAACAAUUAAUACAAAGGGAACGAUCAAAGGCAGCCGCUGCAUGGCAGCAGGAAUCUUUAAAUUUUCAACUAGCUACCACCGGUCUUGCGAAUUCGGCCAAGAAGAGGAAAUCUAUAGAAGGAAGCAGUGAUGAGAACCUCGUAGCAAUGCCGCCCUGGCGUGCUAACAACCGCACGGGAAAUGAUGAUCGUGCCAAUUUGACACCCUCCAAACAACGAUUUGAUAAACGACAACAACCAUUCCAAGACGAUCUCUCCCAUAAAGGUACAAGUAAGUUUCAGAAGAACCUAGAGAAGCGACAAAAACGAUUUGAUGGUGGCUAUAAAUCUACCUAUAAAUCUAAGACACCAACACCGGAACCAAUGAUGGGUCCCUUGAUUGGUACGAAUACAACGUUAGAAAAAGAGUACUUCCGUUUGACUACUGCACCCGUUGCUUCACAGGUUCGCCCUGAGUACAUCUUACGGGAAACGCUAGAUCUGUUGAAAAAGAAGUGGAAAAAGGAAGGAAACUAUUCUUAUAUCUGCGACCAAUUCAAAUCUAUGCGACAGGACCUUACAGUUCAGCGUAUCAAGAAUGAAUUUACAGUUACUGUCUACGAAAUUCACGCGCGUAUUGCAUUGGAAAAGGGGGAUCUCGGUGAGUAUAAUCAAUGCCAGACUCAACUUCGGGCUCUUUAUGCCCAGAAGAUUGGUGGUAAUCCGGUGGAGUUCAAGGCAUAUCGUAUUUUAUAUUUUAUUCACACAGCUAACCGCACGGCAUUAAAUGAUGUCAUUGCGGAUCUAACAAAAGCAGAGAAGGAAUCGGAAGCGGUAAUACACGCAUUGAGUGUACGUUCGGCAUUAGCAUUGGGCAAUUAUCACAAAUUCUUUAGACUUUACCUCGAUACUCCGAAUAUGGGAGCAUAUCUUAUGGAUAUGUUUGUCGCCCGAGAACGUUUGGCUGCUUUGUCGAAAAUUUGCAGAACUUACAAACCCGAGGUCAAAUUAAGGUUCGUCACGGAAGAGCUAGGAUUCGAAUCCGACGGCGAUGCUGCCCAAUUCAUUUGUGACCACAAUGGACAGGCCUUGUUAGUAGAGAAAGAUGGCGACCUUCGAUUUCUUUCUGGCCAGGCCGGUCAGAUUUUUGAAACUGCAAAAGCUGAAGCUUUCCGCGCGAUUGAUAUCAAGGGCCAAAUCUAA